AUGAAAUAAUCACAAAGUUCAUCAAUUAUUAUAGCCAAAUCACAGGUUUUCAAAUUUUAAGAUUUGAGUCUGAGUGAUUUUAGUGUAGACAAUAGGAAACCAAUGUAUAUUAGACAAUUUAGGAUUGAUUAAAAAUAUAAUCAGGUAUUGUUUAUAAUAUAUGUAGAAAUAUAUUGAGAAUAGUCAAUAUUUGGAGAAAAGUAGAGAGAUUAUGAAAAAUAAAAAAAUUAAGAUGUAAAAUGAAAAGUAUAUGACGAUUGAAGAGUUUAAAAAAGUAUAAAAAUUGAAAAGAAUUUCAAUCUCCAAAGAAAUUUAUGGUAAAUUCAUUGAGUAAAAACAAAAAGAAUUUUUAAAAUUGCUAUCAUUCUGUUUAGCAAUUCUUUUUAUUCUUGUUUUGAUUUUUCAUCAAAAUGAACCAGUUUAAAUUCAAGGUCUUUUUUGA